AUUCUGCAGUCAGUAACAUUUGUACUGUUAGGUACUGUGUUUAGUACUGUAACAGGACUACCCUGGGGUUUAUACUCUACAUUUGUCAUAGAGGACAGACAUGGCUUCAACAAACAGACCCUUGGGUUCUACUUUAAGGACCUUGCUAAGAAGUUUGUGGUGACCCAGCUGAUCUCGUUGCCCGUGGCAGCAGGUCUGCUCUACAUCAUCAAGGCUGGAGGAGACUACUUCUUCAUCUACGCCUGGCUAUUCACCUUCGUCGUUACCAUGGGCCUGAUCUUCAUCUACGCAGACUACAUUGCUCCGCUGUUCGAUCGCUUCACGCCCCUCCCCGAUGGAGACCUCCGGACACAGAUUGAGACACUGGCAGCUAGCAUCGACUUUCCUCUGUACAAAAUCUUUGUCGUAGAAGGUUCGAAGCGAUCCUCCCAUAGCAAUGCCUACUUCUUCGGCUUCUACAAGAACAAGAGGAUCGUCCUGUUCGACACGCUGCUGGAGGAGAACCCUGUAAAUAAGGAGGCUGCAGCUGGGGAGGCUGCCGGGGAAGGGUCAUCUGAGGACAGCUCGGACACGGCCAGCGAACCUGAACAGAAGGGAGAGGGAGAUGCUAAGGAGGAGGGGGAGAAGAAGAAGAAGAUCGGCUGCAGCAAUGAGGAGAUUCUGGCCGUGUUGGGCCACGAGCUGGGUCACUGGAAACUGGGCCAUAAUCUCAAGAACAUCAUCAUCAGUCAGGUGAACACAUUCCUGUGUUUCUUCCUGUUUGCCCUGCUGAGUAACUGGAAGGAGCUGUACGCGGCGUUCGGCUUCCCCGACUCCCAGCCGGCUCUCAUCGGUCUACUCAUCAUCUUCCAGUUCAUCUUCUCCCCGUAUAAUGAGCUGCUAUCCUUCCUGAUGACUGUCCUGAGCCGCAGGUUUGAGUUCCAGGCCGACACCUUCGCCCUGGGUCUGAACAAGGGAGCCGACCUGUGCACCGCGCUCAUCAAACUCAACAAGGACAACCUGGGGUUCCCGGUGCACGACUGGUUAUAUGCCGCCUGGCACUACUCUCACCCUGGCCUCCUGGAGAGACUACGGGCGCUGGACUAUAAACAGAAGGAGCAGUAAUGCGAGCAUUCUCAGGGCACUGGUUAGGGGUGGGUACCGGUAUGAUGCACCAGUACAAAAACAUAUUUUGUUGUUGGACCGGUCUGAAAAAACUCUUUGGACCAGAUUUGGACCGGGUAGAAAAUGACCAGAUUACAGUAUGUCGGCAGGGGUUUACAUGUUUUGGCGCUUACUGGUUCAAGAAAAUAUCAAGUUUCCACAUUCAAACUUACCAAAUUGGACCAAUGUUUGAAUCCCUCAUUCACAAGUUUUCACAAUCAGGUCCAGGUUCAGGUUCAGCUCCAGAUCGGGACCUGAACCUCUGGACUUGAACCGAACCCGUACCUGAAUUGUCUGUGCUGCUACCCAUCCCUAGCAAUGAUACAUUAUUGUAAGGCAAUUUAAAUUGUAAAGAGUUAGCUUUAAAAAAAUCAUGUUACCAAGGAGUUGCCAAGCAGAUCUUUUGGUGGUAGUUUGUAUCCAUGGGCUGGUA